ACUAACUAUGACUUGUGCGUCUGGGAAUCGUCCCUUUUUAUCAGGAGGAGCUCGCAGGACAUAAAACUGCGGCUCUGGAUAUUUUGGGAGAAGAUAGUUUUGUUUGCAGAAUGAAGGUUGAGGGGUCUACUUCGUCUUAUAUUUCUUCGACCCUCGUAAUGGAGGCGCCCAGGAAUUCUACAGAAAUUGGGAGAUCUGAAAGCAGGAAGAGCGGGCUACGAUUUCCAGUGAUGAAUUUCGAGCUCGCCGCUGCUGUCAGUAUUUUCUCUGUGUUUUCGUUAGGUUUGUUGUGUAUAUAUUUGACAAUGCCUGCUUCGGAUUACCAGCUGCUUAAAUUGCCGCACAGCAUUGAAGAUCUCCAAAUUCUGAAAGAUCACCUUGCCAGCUAUACUAGAGAUUAUACAGCUCAGGUUAUCCUAGGAUACUGUGCAACAUACAUUUUCAUGCAGACAUUUAUGAUUCCAGGAACCAUAUUCAUGUCUUUACUGGCUGGAGCUCUUUUUGGAACAACAAGAGGUCUUGCUCUAGUUGUUUGCACUGCUACUGCUGGCGCCUCAUCCUGUUAUUUUCUGUCAAAGCUGAUUGGUAGGCCUAUUGCGUUAUCUUUGUGGCCAGAAAAGUUGAGGUUCUUUCGAGCUGAGGUGGCCAAACGUAGGGAGAAUUUACUGAAUUACAUGCUCUUCCUCAGGAUAACACCAACUUUGCCAAACACAUUUAUCAACGUUGCAUCACCAAUUGUGGAUAUACCGUAUCAUAUAUUCUUCCUAGCAACAUUUUUUGGACUCAUUCCAGCUGCUUAUAUCACAGUGAGGGCUGGCCUCGCUCUUGGCGAUUUAAAGUCCCUUGGUGAUUUGUAUGAUUUCAAAACAAUUGGUACAUUGUUUUUCAUUGGCGCCAUGUCUAUCAUUCCCACUCUUAUUAGCAGAAAAAGGAAAAACAUGUAAAGCUAACCUUCCUUUGCCACUCUUAUUAGCUGAAACAGGUAAAACAUGUAAAGCUAACUUUUCUCAUUACUGUUACGAGUAAUUGUAACAUUCUUGCAGCCAAUGCAUUAUAUAUGUGAGAGACUUUUGUCUCCAUUUUACAAUGGGGUUCAGAAUGCGUUUCGUGCUGCUAAAUUAAUUGGAACGAAAUUAUUGAAUUUCAGUUUCUGGGAUCGUAUUGUAUAUAUAAUUGAUUCCCAAAUAAAGCAUUCGUUGUACAUACAAAAUCCUAUGCUGGAGAGCGCUAUUUUGCUACUUAUCAUUUGCACUGCCUCAUCUAAUGGAGUGCAUGUUUGGAUCUGCUUUUCUUUUCCUUAUGAAAAAAGAGUUUAAUUUCA